AUGCAAGAGCCUGGCACACAGCGUGCUCAGAGACAAACGCACGAAGCUGGAGCAACAAGCUUUAGCAAAAGCCGGGCCAUGAGGGCAAUUCAGCAGCGGGAAAGGGAAGCCAGGCUCGUACACCACAGAGACACCAGCCGACGUGUCGCCACUGUGCGGCUUCCAGAAGUGCCAGGGCAGCCUCUUAGCCACGGGGCCUUGGCAGGGUUCGCGAGCACCUACCCGCGCGCGGACCUCUGCGCUGGGUCUCGGACUGGGUCAGGGAAGGGCGACGUCAGCGUGGCCACCAUCUCGGAACCCUGGUCGGGGCUGUGCCAACUGCUCAGGCCGAGGCACUGCGGCUUCAGCGUUUCUUUUCCUUUUCUUUCCCCUGACCCCCCUCGGGCUGCCAGUGAAUAUUCCGAGGAGUGGCUCCCACCACACGCUGGCCCUGCCCACGGGCUGUCCUGGGAGAUCCUGGAGCAGGGGGAGCCGACGUCGGAUCACGUGCGUGGAUGUGAGGCGCGUCCGGUCUUUGUCUCUGGGCUGCCACGGGGGCCGGCCAGGGCUAAGGGCGGACGCGGGGUGCCUUGGACUGUCGCUAUUAGAACCAGCAGCGGGGAGAAAGUCCUUCCUACGGCCCGCGCCAACCUGCCCUGCGUUCCCCGGAUGGCCAUGACCACCCAAGCUCAGGGAUGGAAUAAUGCUGAAGAUGUCCAAACCCUGAUCUCCAGAGCUGUUAUCUAACAUGGCAAAAGAACGUAAAGA